AUGGCUGCGCUUCGCAGACUUCAUGCUACUGCUCAGCAGUUCGCCCCCUCAACCACAUCCGCGGCUAGCACCGCCACCGAAUACCCGACGACCCAUGAAGCCAUUGCCAAUCCUAUUGAUACUACCAACUUCCUUAACAACGAGUUCGUGCCUUCAAAGGCGAGCACAUGGAUUGACUUGUAUGACCCGGCUACCAAUAACCUCGUCACCCGUGUGCCCCAGAGUACCGAUGAGGAACUCCGCGCCGCUGUCGAAGCGGCCCAGAAGGCUUUCCCUGCAUGGAGGGCUACGAGUAUUAUGGCUAGACAGCAGAUUAUGUUUAAAUUCGUGAACUUAAUCCGUGCCAACUGGGAUCGUUUGGCUGCGUCGAUUACUCUCGAGCAGGGCAAGACCUUUGCUGAUGCCAAGGGUGAUGUCCUCCGUGGUCUGCAGGUCGCUGAAACUGCCUGUGGCAUUACCACGCAGAUCACCGGUGAGGUUCUGGAAGUUGCCAAGGACAUGGAGACCAGGAGCUACAGGGAGCCCUUGGGAGUUGUUGCUGCUAUCUGCCCUUUCAACUUUCCCGCUAUGAUCCCCCUCUGGUGUAUUCCUAUUGCUACUAUCACCGGUAACACUAUGGUGAUGAAGCCCUCCGAGCGUGACCCUGGAGCGGCCAUGAUCCUCGCCGAGUUGGCCAGGGAAGCCGGCUUCCCUCCCGGUGUUAUUAACAUCAUCCACGGAUCUGCCAAGACCGUCGACUUCAUCCUGGAUGCCCCCGAAAUCAAGGCCAUCAGCUUUGUUGGCGGUAACCGUGCUGGAGAGUACAUCUACACUCGCGGGUCCGCCAAUGGUAAGCGUGUGCAGGCCAACCUUGGGGCCAAGAAUCACGCUGCCGUGCUUCCCGACGCAAACAAGAACCAGACCAUCAAUGCUAUUGUUGGAGCUGCUUUCGGCGCUGCAGGUCAGCGCUGCAUGGCUCUGAGCACACUGGUCACAGUUGGUGAAACCAAAGAGUGGCUGCCAGAGAUGGCAGAGCGUGCCAAGGCGCUGAAUGUCAAUGGAGGCUUCGAAGAGGGCGCUGACCUCGGCCCCGUCAUCAGUCCUGAGAGCAAGAAGCGUAUCGAGGAUCUGAUCGCUAGUGCAGAAGAGGAGGGCGCCACCAUCCUCCUAGAUGGAAGAGGUUACAAGCCUGAAAAGUACCCCAAUGGCAAUUUCAUUGGUCCCACCAUUAUCACCGGCGUCACCCCAGGGAUGAAGUGCUACAAGCAGGAGAUUUUCGGCCCCGUCCUUGUCUGCCUUGAAGUUGAGACCCUAGAUGACGCGAUCGAGCUCAUCAAUAAGAACGAAUAUGGCAACGGUGCCGCGAUCUUCACCCGCUCCGGCCCUACAGCCUCCAGAUUCCAGAAGGAUAUUGAAGCCGGCCAGGUUGGAAUCAACGUUCCCAUCCCCGUUCCUCUUCCUAUGUUCUCCUUCACUGGUAACAAGAAGAGUAUUGCCGGUGGUGGUGCCAACACUUUCUAUGGCAAGCCUGGUCUCCAGUUCUACACCCAGCAGAAGACAGUGACGAGCUUGUGGCGCGCUGAGGAUGCCGUCAGUACUAAGGCUCAUGUUGUGAUGCCUACACACUCAUAA